CGGAAAUACACAGACAGACAGCAUGAGCCAGCCGUGAGUGUCACAGUAACAUGUUAAUACAAUAACUAUUAUUAUUAUUAUUAUUAACUACACAGACAGACAGCAUGGGCAAGCCAUGAGUGUCACAGUAACAUGUUAAAACUAUUAUUAUUAUUAACUACACAGACAGCAUGAGCCAGCCGUGAGUGUCACAGUAACAUGUUAAUACUAUAACUAUUAUUAAGUGUUCUUGCAUAGCAAGACCACUUAAUGUUAUCUCACAUAUAUUAUUCUUAUUCUUAUUAUAGCCAAAUUUGCCACCCUAACUCCUCCCACUGUUUUUACACUACAAAAUGUAGGUCUGGGUCUUGUGAUUCUCACAAUAUAAAGCUCUUCGCUGUAGGAUUUAUAGUUUUUAAAAUACGACCGUUUGAAGAUGGCAACUGCCAAAAUACUCUGACCUGUGCCAGGCUGCAGCAGCAAGUGAUGUCAUAGACAGGGCCUUUUGAACACCUGCUAAUCUUUUUAUAAAUGUAUGGUUUAAUGUAACUGUGAAGCACUUUGGGCAACAACGUUGCAAUUAAAUGUGCUAUAUAAAUGAUAAGUUACUCCGCCCACUCCAGUUGUAGACUACUGGUGGAGGCAAGAACACUUCACACAAUUUCCCCAGAAAUUGUAGCUUUUCUAGUUCUUAUUCUUAUUAUAGCCAAAUUUUCCACCCUAACUCCUCCCACAGUUUUUACACUACAUAGACAGUAAUAUACCGAAACGUGCGGAUUGUUCCCGAUCAGAUUGCUAUUACUUUGUGGAACGUUUUGCCGAAUGGUACACGGAAUAUCGUCGUUCUUUUGGCGAAAUUGGUCCCAUUGGAAUGAAUGGCAAAAUGUUCAAAACUAGAGUGGGAGCUGGCAAAAGCUGAAAAAUCAGGACAUGAUUUCUAAACUGCCACCUACACAAAUCUUAUAUCAAAACUUUCAGCUAUCCCUGCUGCCACUAAAAAUGUACAUGGCUAAGCCAUAGUCCUGAUAGUUUUCACAAUAUGACCAUUUGUUUGCGACUCAUGCUGUCCAUUGACAUUCAUUGAAACUCCACUCUAGCCAGCUCAAAUUUGAAGGGCAAUUUCUAAACUGCGACUGUGCCUUCUUUGUUAAUAUUUCAGAGACAUACUAUGCAUCAAAAUGUAGGCCUGGGUCUUGUGAUUCCCACAAUAUAACGCUCUUCGCUGUAGGAUGUAUAGUUUUUAAAAUACGACCGUUUGAAGAUGGCACCCGCCAAAAUACUCUGACCUGUGCCAGGCUGGAGCAGCAAGUGAUGUCAUAGACAGGGCCUUUUGUACACCUGCUAAUGUUUUUAUAAAUGUAUUUUUAAUGUAACUGUGAAGCACUUUGGGCAACAACGUUGCAAUUAAAUGUGCUAUAUAAAUAAAUAAUAGUUACUCCACCCACUCAAGUUGUAGACUACUGGUGGAGGCAAGAACACUUCACACAAUUUCCCCUGAAAUUGUAGCUUUUCUAGUUGUUGUUGUUAACAACUACACAGACAGACAGAGCAUGAGGCAGCCGUGAGUGUCACAGUAACAUGUUAAUACAAUAACUACUUCUACUAACAACUAUACUGUAUCAUUAUAAUGCAUGGCCUCUCCCUGGGUGUUUGUUAUCAUAUAAUAAUGUUAUUACUAACUACACAGUAUCAUUAUACAGCGCUAAGGAAUCUGAUGGCGCUAUAUAAAUAAUAAAAUAAUACAUGACCUCUCCCUUGGUGUCUGUAGUUAGUAAUAACAAACACCCAGGGAGAGGCCAUGUAUUAUAAUGAUACUGUGUAGUUAGUAAUAACAUUAUUAUAUAAUAUAAUACAUGGCUUCUCCAUGGGUGUUUGUUAUUAUAUAAUGUUAUUACUAACUACAGUGUCAUUAUAAUACAUGCAUAGCAUGGCUUCUCUGGGUGUUAUAUGAUCAUUGUAUUAUACAUUAUUAUAAAUUAUGGAUGGAAUUUUUUUUACACAGUAUUAAUAUAAUACAUGCAUAGCCUACACUGAUCCUGGGUAGUAUCAUUAUAUUACAGUAUCAUAGUGAUGUAUGCAUGGCCUAUGCUCUCCUCGGGUUAUAUAAUCAUUAUUAUAAUGUAUUCAUAACCUUCACUCACACUGGAUGUUGUCAUAUUAUUAUACUAUAAGACAGUGAUGGCGAACCUAUGGCACGCGUGCCACAGGUGUCACGCCGGGCACUCUCUGUGGCAACCUGCCAAAACGGCAGCCGCCUAGUCUGCUUCCGUGUCGGGAGGACCCGGAGGCAGGGGGAGGGAUCUUGGAAGCAGCUCUCCUGUCCUCCCGCAAGCAAUAUGUGUGGAGUGUUGCCAUGUGUUACCAUGGCAACGCUCCGCACAGCAUUGCGCGGGAGGACAGGAGAGCUACUUGCUUCCCAGACACAUACUUACCAUACUUAUAUAUAUUUAAUAUAUAUAUUUUUGUAUGUAUCUUAACACCUACCCGUAAUUUGGCUUGUCGGUAUAGUUUGAUAGCUGGAAACAGGAUCCGUUUUAACAAGUAAGUCCCAUAGACUUUUGUUUGUUUGUAACAAAUCAUAGGUUGCUCUUUGAAGACUUUUGGCAAGGUGUCAUCCGAAGACAACAUCUUCCAAUUCUGUUUCACGAUGUUGGAAAAUUGUGGAGAUUUAUUAUGGUAGGUCAUGGGAAACACCAUCCUAGGUGUAGUAGAAGGAAUUUUCAGAGUAUUUGUAUUUUGUGCUUUAUUUUUUAUUUUUUCAAUUUGAAAAUGUGUUUUUUAUUGAUGUUUCACAUUGGUUAGCUUUUUGGCGCCUGCUCGCCAGGGUACAGAAUAAAACGGGAUAGUGUAGGGACAUUUUGUUACAGCAUAGGGUUUGUACAGUACAUCGAUAGGUUCCCUCAGAGUUUGUGCCCCCUUCGCUUCCCUCUUUUUCCCAGGUGAUUUUCCCCCUUCACUCUGUUGUAUCUCGUGUUUCUUCUUACUUGUGUUACGUUGAUUGCCCUGUCGUGUUGGUUGCUCUGUUAUAUGACCCUGCUCUGGUGUUAUUGUUUGCUGGUUGCCGUGGGUUUUCUCUUAUUGGGCCUUCCCUCCCUUUCACUCCCCCCUUCCUGGUGAUGUCGCUCUCUCUUGGUGGUUUUAAGGUGAGCUUAUUGUUCUUGUAUGUACUCCUGCCAUCGCCUCCCUGCUAUAUCCGUAUGUUUUCGCGUUCCUAAGUGUUUGUUUGCCAUCAGCUCAUAUUUCCAGUUUAGGGAGAUUUGAUCUAGGAGAGCCUCUUUUGUAGGCGCUGUUGGGGACUUCCAUGCCCGCACUAUGAGUGUUACUGCUGCCAUGAGCAGGUGAAAUAUAAGCUUUUCCUCAGUUUUACUUAGUGUGGCUGGUAUCAUGAAUAAUAUGCUUUGUUCUAUAGUUAGAGGCCAUGGUCUAUCUAAUAUGUCUUCUGCAAUUUUUUCCACCUCCCCCCAGUAUUGCCUAAUUUUUGUGCAUGACCACCAAAUGUGGCUCAUGGAGCCCUCCGUGUCUCCACACCUCCAGCAUAUAUUGGGUGUGUUGGGGUAUAUUGUGGUUAAUUUUUCUGGCACCAUGUACCAUCUGUAUUGUAGUUUUCGUAUGGUUUCUAGGUGUGUGGUGCACCGUGUGUUUCCCUUGUGUAUUGUGAAGGCCCGCUUCCAUACAUCUGUUCCCAGUGUUUUCCCCAGUUCCGUGUGCCAUGCUUUUUAGAAACUCUUUUCGAUCUCUGCCUGAUCCUCCAUUAGGGCCGUGCAUAGUGUUGAGAGUAUUUUCUUCGGGGGCCUGUCUGUCAGGCAGAGGUUUUCUACCUUAUGUGUUAAAGGCUCGUCUUUUUGUAGUUUGAUUCCUGCGAGUAGGGAUUUGAUUUGUAGGUAGGGGAACAGUGCCUUGCUGGCCAUGUUAUAUUGGGUUUGGAGUUCUGGGAAGGGUAUCAGGCUAUUGUCUCUAUAUAAGUGGUUGAUCGUGGUGCAGCCCGCUUCCUUCCACAAUUUGACGUCAAGGGAAGGGAUGCCCACCGCCAGGCAUGAGAUUCGGGCUUGUCCUUUUAUGGCUCUGUGGUCUCUCCCCCCAGCUUUCUGCUCUUCCCAGUGUUUUAGCGUUAGGGCUGUGGUUGGUAGGGGUUGGAAAAGUUUAGGACGUAGGGAUCCUGGGAGCCAGAAGAAGUCCCUUAUUGUUUGUUUGCCCAGUGUGCUUCUAUCUGGGCUCAUUGUAAUGGUUCCCCCUCUGCUGUGGCUGUUUUGAUUACUGUUAAUUGGGCUGCUCUAUAGUAUGUCUUUAUGCAUGGUAGGCCUAGUCCCCCCCCUCAUGACCGGUUGUUGUAGGAUCCCUGAAGCUACCCUAGGUCUCUUAUUAGCCCAUACAAAGCGGUUAAACAGUCUCUGCAUGGAGGAUAUGUAAGUUUUCGGAAGUUGUAUCGGGAGGGUGCGUAGUAAGUAUUGGAGCUUUGGUAGCAGCAUCAUUUUGAUCGCUGACAAUCGCCCCACCCAGGAUAGGUACUUCCCUGUCCAGGAUUCCAGUGUGGUGGCAAUCUUUCAUGAGCGCUAUGUAGUUUUUGUCUAGGAGUUGGCUUAGAUUCGGUGGGAUUUUUAUGCCCAAAAACGUCAAGUGGUCAGACCUCCAAUCAAAGGGGAAUGUGGCUUUGAGCCUCUCUAAUGUGUCUUCCCGGAUCCCCAUGCCUAUGGCUUGUGUCUUGUUUAUGUUUAGCUUGUAGUAUGAUUGUUUUCCGUAUUCCGUUAUAGUGGCCAUCAAAUUUGGUAGAGACAUGUGUGGUUGGGUAAGGGUUAGCAGGAUGUCAUCGGCGAAUAAGUUCGCCUUGUAUUCCUUGUCCCCUAUUGUCACUCCAUGGAUGGAUGUGUUUUGCCUUAUGGCCGCCGCCAGCGGCUCCAAGGCCAUCACAUAUAAUAGUGGUGAGAGGGGGCACCCCUGGCGGGAGCCAUUGGUUAUGGUGAGGGGCUCUGAGACGAAUCCCGCGUUUAAGACCUGUGCGGUGGGAGCGCUAUAUAGUGCCCUGACCGCUGAGAGGAAGCCCUCUGGUGCCUCGAAUUUUCGAAGGACUUGUUCCAGGAACUCCCAGCCCAGCCGGUCAAAGGCCUUCUCCGCAUCCAGCGACAACAGCACACUCCCCACCUUCAUGCGUUGGGCGCUGUGUAUGAUGUUCAUGACUUUCCUAGUGUUGUCGCCUCCUUGCCUAUUUUUGAUGAACCCUACUUGGUCUGUGUAUAUAAUGUGUGGUAAUAAGGAGCCCAGUCUUCGCGCAUAAAUUUUCGCGUAAAGCUUGGCAUCUGUGUUCAAUAGGGAUAUGGGGCAGAAGUUUUGUGGGCAUGUGGGUGGUUUCCCUGGCUUAGGGAGUGUGAUAAUGUGUGCCAGCAGUGUCUCGGCGGGUAGUUUUUGUAGGCAGGUGGCUUCAUUGAAGGCGUUCGUUAGGUGCGGUGCUAGGAUGGCGUGAAAUUUUUUGUAGUAACCGUUGGCGAAGCCGUCCGGGCCUGGGAUUUGCCCGAUGGCAGGCCGAGGAUGGCUGUUGUUACCUCUUCUUGUGUUAUUGUGGCAUUUAGUGCUUGUUGGUGUUGAGUUGUGAAGGUGGGUAGUUGUAUUGUGUCUAGAUAGGUUUUUAUGGCCUGUGUUUGUGGCUGAUGUGUGUGUGGGUCGUCCGCUAGGUUGUAUAGAGAAGUGUAAUAUUUAGCGAAAUUGUUGCUUAUGUCCCUGGGUGCUGUUACUUUGUGUCCUGCUUCCGUGGUGAGGUGUGCUAUAUUGUGUUUUAUUUGUGUUGGGGUAGAUUGGUUCUGAUUUGUGAGGUCCUGGAGUUCUUUUUGUCACUCUCGCAUUUGUAUUUGUGCUUUUCUUUUUAGGAAGGCUGCUCUCUUUAUUAGCGUCCCCCUUAUCACCGAUUUGUGGGCCUGCCAUAUUGUGUUGUGGGGGAUGUGUUCUGUGUUGUUUUCAAUGAAGUAGUGUGUUAAUUCUUUUUCUACCGUUUUUGUGAAUUCUGGGUCUGUGAUGAGGGACUCGUUAAGUCUCCAUAGGCUCCUGUGAGAGGAUUCAUAUAGGUCAGCUAGGGUCGCUACUACUGGGGCGUGAUCUGACCAAGUGAUCUGUUCUAUGGAGCAGUCUUUAACCUGUUCUAAGUGUUGGCCUUUUAACAGUAUACCGUCUGUCCUAGAGUAGGUAUUGUGUGCCGUCGAGAAAAAGGUGUAUUGUCUUUCCCCCACAUGUGUUGCCCUCCAUAUGUCAUAGUAGUGGUUUUCAUGAAGCAGUUUGCGUAUUGCCUUGCUCUGUCUCCUGAGUGGUUUCAUUCUUGGAGCGUUGGAGGCUAUUGUGGUGUCUAUUGUGGGGUCCAUUACGUGGUUGAUGUCUCCACAUAUGAUUCCUAUUCCCCUUUGUGCCGUGUCUACUUUUUUGAUGAUUUUGUGUAUAAAGUUCCUUUGCUCCUGAUUUGGAGCAUAUAUGUUUAUCGUGUAUUCCACAUCGUUAAAUGUUCCUACCACCAUUACAUAUCUCCCCCCUUUCUUCUAUCUCUAGGUGGGUGAGGGUAAAUGCUAUGUCUUUGCUAAUGAGUAUGGAGGCCCCUUUCGAUUUGCUCGUGUGUGUGGCGUGGUAUUGGUGGGGAUAGUCUCGCAAGAAUAGUGGUGCAUGUGCGUUUGUCUUAAAGUGGGUUUCCUGGAGGCACACUACUGCUGGUUUGUGUCGGUUAAGGUCUCUGCGGAGCAGAUUCCUUUUGGACGGGUGGUUAAGGCCUUUUGUGUUAUGUGUGUAUAUUUUCAUGGUGGGUUGUACCUUGGGGUUUCGGUUGGCUGUAUCGUCAUCUUUCUUGUUUGCGGGAGUACCCCCCUUCCCAGCUUACUCAACUUGGGUGGUGUCUCCCUGGUGGACCUGGUUUUCAAUUCUCUGUAUGUACGCUCGCUGUAUUGCCUGGCGGAACCUUGGGUUACCUGUGGCAUGGUAAUCAUACAAUGUGAAACAUAGAAAACAAAAAAAUUAAACAGUUUAAACAUGGUAACUAAAACAUGAAUGGUAAAACAUAGUGCCGUGUGAUCGGCCUUGCGCCACAUAAAGGCGCUGUGGGGGAGGAAGCGGUGUGCUUCCAUGCCUGUGCGAUUCGGUCUGUUGGCCUUGUAUUUUGCUCAUUAUGGUGUUGAGUUUGCCCCUAUCUUAGACCUUCUGUGCCUGGCUUUGGGCCUCUGUUUACAGUCUUUACGGGGUUGCCACCUGGGUCAUUCCGUGUAGCGUGGCUGUCUGUGUGUUGGGGUUUGGGUGGGAUGCCCUCGUUAACCCCUGACCCUGUGUAAGCGGUUCCCCACCGUUAUAUCAGUCCCCAAAACAUUUUGUGUUGUACUUGCCACUGCUUGCGACCCAUGUGGGUUCUCCCAGUCAGUUCUUAGAGACUCUCUUCCACGACGGGUUGAGUUGUCUCUUCCUGUUGCGCUGUGUUGGUCCCGUGGCGACGGUAGGCCCCAUUCUCUGAGAGCCCGCUCUCCGGCCUCCGAUGUCAUAAUGGUGGUGGUUUUCCCUUCAUUAGUGAUUAAGAGCUUGACUGGGAAUCCCCAUCUGUAGGGUUUCUUGUGUAUUCUCAGUUGUUCUGUGAUGCCAGCGAAGGUUUUUCUUUUCUUCAAUGUCGCCGCUGCGAUGUCUGCAUAUAUCGCCGUUCCUUCGUAUGGAGGUGGUAGGUUUGGACGUUGCCUGCUUGCUCUCAUGAUGUUUUCUUUGGUGUGGAAGUAAUGUAGCCGCACCAGCACGUCUCUCGGCGUAUCUGUGGUUAGGAAUCGCGGUUUAGGCACGCGGUGGUAGCGGUCUAGCAGCAACAUGUCUUGGUGUACGUCCGGUAUCAGGGCUUUGAAUAGGCCCUGUAGGUGGGCAUGCAGGUCCGCCGUCCCAACGGAUUCCGCUAUCCCUCUCAAUCUGAGGUUGUUGCGGCGGGAACGGUCCUCUAUGUCGGCAAUUUUGGCUUCAAAGGUUGCCAUAUUGUUUUGUAUGUCUUCCAUGGUGGCUCUCAUGUCAUUGUAUGCUUCGGCGUGGUCCGCCAUUUUUUCUUCCAGUGUGGAAGUGCGUUCCCCCAGCUCCCGGAUGUCUGACCUUAUGUCUUUCAGAGAAGUCUGGAGAGUGAUUUGCAGCUUGGCAUGCAUGGUGUCCAGCAUCCUUUGUAGGAUCCCCUGAGUUACUGGGGCAUCUUCUGUGGCUGGGGAUGGGAUAUCCGCGGGAUCGUCAUGGGCGCCAUCUUGGGCCUCCUCUCGAGUUCCCGCCGUUUUUUGCCGUGCGGGCGGUGAAGAAGCUCGUCCCGUCGCCCUUAUCGGUGUGCCGUCUGCCCUUCUGUUGGGACAUUGCUGCAGGUGCUUGGUGGGUUUGUGGGUGCUUGUGGCGCUAAUAUAAAGGCCUGUGUAGCCGGAGCUACUCCAGCAUGCGACCGCCGCGGUUGAGCUCCAGGCCACGCCCCCUCGUAUUUUGUGCUUUUGUGAUUUAGCACGGACAUCAAAGUGUGUUGACCAUAACCCCGUUCUUUGAACUUUUGGGUCAUAUCCAAUAUCUAUAUUAUUCUCUUAUAUCUGCUUCUGAGUUGUUACGUAUGACACGUCGAUAUUGUGCAUAAGGUAUGGAUGCAACUAAUGCCGGGGGAUGAGAGCUAUCGUGAUGGAGGAUCGUAUUUCGAUCGGUAGGCUUAGUGUAUAAACAAUAAGUCUCUUGUCCACAAACUUUAAUUGAAGAUCUAAAAAAUUUACCUGUGUGGUACUGAUGUCUGCAGUCAUCUUUACUGGAGACGGUAGAGAGUUCAAAUGUUCUACCAUAUCAUAUGCUUCUGAUUGAGUUCCCUUCCAAAUUAUAAAUAAAUCUAUGUAACGAUAAUAGUUGGAAAUGUAUGGUUGAUAAGUUGACAAGAUGUUAUUAUUUUUGUAAAUGUACAUGAAGGCAUUUGUGUAAAUGGGCGCCAUAGCAGCGCCCAUGGAUGUGCCCCUAAGCUGCAUGUACCAGGUUUGCUCAAAACGAAAAUAAUUUGAUUUCAAUGUGAAUUCCAACAAUUCUAAAACAAACUCAAUAGGCAGGCCACAGUACAAGGAAGACUGAGAUAGGACUUGUCUCAUAGCCUCUAUACCAACAUCAUGCGGGAUGAUGGUAUAGAGGCUGACAUCCAUGGUAAUCAAAACUGGAUCUAAACCAUCAAAGCCUGUAAUUUAAGGCUUUUAAAGAUUUAAAGAUUCUUAGCCUUGGAUUGUCAUUUGUCCCCACUGCUUCUCCCAAUCACUUGAUAUCGAAUGUAGAAUUAUUUCAAUUUGGAAGAUCUAUCCGUCUGCGGGACUUUUUCAACAAAGAUAGUACAAAGAUCCAGCCAACCACUCACUUCAAACCCAAAUCCAAAUUUGAUCCUCAAACACACAAAGCAAAUAUUAAAAGUUUUUUGUCAACCACUCUGCAACAAAUAGCAGUGGAGAUACAACAGCCUAAUCACAAACACCACAAUAUUACUAGGAAAAAACGCCUUCUUAUUAAUAACUUAGCUUUAUCUUAAUGAAGUGGUUUGGGGGGCCUAGAUAUUGCUCCUUCAUCCUUGUAAAUGUUUACAUUUUGCAGUUUCCACACCUACUAAUGGCUGCAGAUAGAUUUAAUUAUUGGAUCAAUUUGAUGCCUGUCAUAGUGCAAACUAUGCUGAUUGCAGACAUUUUGUGUUUCCAAUGCUUCUCAUAGAGAUCCCUGAUAUUUGGACAACAUGGGCAAUAUAAAGUUAUAGUGAUAUCUCAAAAAAGAGUGAUGAUAAACAUCUGUUAAGGCUUAUAUAAGCUUAUUGGUGGUUUUUGGAGACUAUAUAGUUACAUAGCUGAAAAGAGACUUGUGUCCAUCAAGUUCAGCUUUCCUCACAUAUGUUGUUGCUGUUGAUCCAAAAGAAGGCAAAAAUCUGGUCUGAAGCGCUUCCAAUUUUGCCACAAACUAGGAACAAAUUCCUUCUUGACCCCAAAAUAGCAGUCAGAUGUCUCCUUGGAUCAAGCAGCUAUUACCCCACUAAUUAGAAAUUAUAUCCCUGUAUGUUAUGUUUUUGUAAGUAUUUAUCCAAUUGCAGUUUAAACCUCUGUAGUGACUCUGGAAAUUGCUUAAAGUUUUGUAAUUUGUCAUAAGCUAAUGGCAUAUGAUAUAAAGAUGGCGACUGUUCAAGUUAAUGCAUAAGUGAAAGUUUAAUAUACUGAAUGAGGCUGUAACUGUCUGAUGGAAGUUUAAGUAUCUUGUUCAAGGAUUAUUACACAUCUAAUAAAAGGAGAUGACUACUUUUAGAAGACUAUAAUUUAUCAACAGUAUCAGAUUAAAAUAAAAUGGACUGAAGGGUGUAGACAUAACCCAUAUAGUGAUACAAAGUGAUGUAAGGAAGGCAAAGUAGUGACUAAACUUUAUAAGAAGUCCACAUUAUGAGUGCCACCAUGACCCCUACAGGACACUGAAUGUAUGACCAUACAAAUGGUUUAGAACAAUGCACAAUUGUAUCAAAUGGUAAAAGAAAAUUAAAUGACAUAGAAAACAUGAAUACAAUAGUGUAUUAUCUGGGCAACAGGUAAUAUAUUAUCAAGGCAGACUAUAAUGUCAUAUCAAGAGUUCAAACGUCCACCUACUGUUUGUUUUCCAGUAAUAGUUAGGGCAGUUCAGGCAAGAGGGUACUAGCUGAUGGUUUUGCAAGUAGAUGUGUUUAAUAAUAAUACAACUGGGCACCAAUUAAGCUACUUUUCCUUGGUUAUAUUUCACUGUCAUUUAGAAAGAAACAUUGGCCAUAAAAUAAACCCCUAAUUUUUAAUGCAUUAUAUAUGUUUGUUUACUUUGAAAGAUCUUGAAGUUGCACUGUUGAGAAAGGCUUCACAGAUUCAGGUCCAUGGUGCUGUCCAUAAAGACAUUCUAGAUUGAACAAUUAAUCCCGAGCAGCAGUUGUAUUUAUUGUUACAUAAGUUAAACUGAUACCAUUCCUACUGUCCCAGGUCUGUCAGGGCAAUGCUUUCUGGGCCCUGGCCCAUAAACGAAAGAUCUAAAUUAGAAGUGUACAAACUUUUUAGACAGGUGGUAGGUAAAUUCUUACAGGGGGCACUGCCAUAUGAUGUCACGUGGAGUAAAUUUACUACAAACCACGUGAUGCUGUCAACGAGGGGCAUUGCAAGGGUGAAAAUAUAUCUGGGGCUUGAGCCUGAAAUAAAAUUUGGCGACUCCCUCCCCAAACAUUACAACUUCACGAUAUGCCUUUUGACACGGUUACAUACCAACACACUCAUGCACAGAUGUGUAUGUGUGUAUAUGUAUAUGUGUGUGUGUAUAUAAUGCACUCUCAAUAAGUAUGCUAAAGUGGUGAUUUGAUCAUAAUGUCUCCCACCUUACCGUAUUCACUUCUAUCUUUUCUCAUCAUCCCCAAUUUUGCCUCUGAUUCACCACCCACAUGUCAUUCCCCAACUUCUUCACAAUCACCCUUUCCUUGUCUCUCCCCAUUACUCCUAUUCCCUAUGUCAAUUCCCUCUUCGCACUGCCCUGUAUGUGUCCAUGGUCCCCAUUUUACAUUCACAGCUUUCCCCAAGUAGCAUAUGUCUUUCAGUGCCAGGCUGCGGCUCACAUCCCCACCAUUCACAUGCGCCACUCUGUGUAGCAGGAGAGCAGGGGGUAUGAGUUUAUCACCAGUCCCCACCUCUCAUCGUUCAAACACAGCACUUUGAGUAAGAGACCGAACGCCUGGUUUCCUAUGAAUGGGGCCUGUUUCCAUUGGCUGACUGUGGUAUUGUAGUUUCCUCUGACAGCCUGCGCACAUGCUCCAUUGUCGCUACAUGUGUAAUUUUGUAUGCUGCAGUUCAGUAGUCAUGCAUUCUCUGGACGGAAGUUGUGCACCCCUAAUCUAAAUACUGUCCCAGAUCUGGCAGGACCAUGCUUAUUAGACUUAUCUGUUUUUGUUUAUUUUUCCCCUGGUGUUCCUGUUGUCAAAAAACUGUACAAACGCCCUAGUAGUAAGUAGGAAUAUGUGUUGGUGCAUAUGGGCCCAUUCUGCACGCAUGCCCUCAAUUUGAAACCACUUUUCUGUGUCUGAGGAUUUGCCACGUUACACUAGACCACUUUCAACGCACCAAAAUUUGUGUUUUCUUUUAUCAUACUUUAUUGCGUUAUAUACUAUUCUAUUAAUAUAUCUAUAUAUAUUCUAUACAUAGAAUAAUAUAUUUAAUGUAGUGUAGUUGAUCAGUAAUUCAUCACUCAAAUAGGCAACUUUUCGAACUUGUAAUAAUGAAUACUUUACACUAAAUAGACCGUCCAUUUUAUUUUGUUGGUAUAAAUACAUGAUACAAAUGAUAUUUAAAGUGACAUACAACAACACCAUCACAGCUUACUGUAGUAAUGGAUAUGGUACAAGGAGGCAAUGUUUGUAGUCCCUCUUGGUUUUUUUUUUUGGUUUUUUUUGCUUUCUUCUGCCUUCAACAUCAUAAGUAAUUCUCUUACCUAUAUGUACCAAUAAUUGACCAACGUAGGUACAGGCUUAUAGUAACAUUCUACUGAGCUAAAUUGCUUCACCCCUUUCUGUGUUGUUUUUUUUUUUUUAUAAUUCUUUAUUUUUGUAGUGCGUAAGAUUUUAACAGUCGCUUGUGAGGUACCCCAAAGGCAAUCCUCUAGCGCAUUUCAAACAGUAAGGCAUAGAGGUACUUGUUAAGGCUAGCACAUUUUUAUACAUAUAUAUGAUUACGUCAGGUAAUAAACAGUAUGUAUUAUCAUUACUUAGUCUCUUCCAUAACAUAAAAUAACUUCGUUGAUAAUGGGGGUAACAAUCAAGCUAGGCAAUAUGUAACUGGGGUAGACUGGGUUAAACACUCCCUUUCUAGAUUCUGGCUACACAUGGUUAUGCUGUAAAUGUAGUUAUAAGUGCGCUAAGCUAGACGACAGUGGAGUAAAAUUAAGGUAAAUCUCGAGAGGGAGCAGGCUAGUUCCACAUGUCCAAGUUGGAAUAUACAUUUAAGUUAACUCAGGGAGGCUAGCUAGGCAUGGUGAUUGAGGUAUAAUAAAGUGUCGCUAACUUAUGUGAAGCAGGCUAGUGUUGUAAGUUACUUGCCUAUGUAGCAUGUUAAGGAAAAAGAGAAACAGUGUUAAAUUAUUGUUAAACUAUUUGUUUUGCCUGGCAGAUCAGGGUGUGAGUAGGACUUCACUUGAGCUUACGCUUCCAACUCAGUUCGCCAACAGCAUAUGCGGUUUUAUAGAGAGAGAGAGGAGUCUGUGAGGCAGUAUAGCCUGGUGCCCAGAGAGUCAGUGCUGUUGCUCAGAAAUCCACUCCGGGGCCCGGGAGAGUUGUCUGGGCCUCAGCUUGUGGGGUCUUCCGUGGUCAGCCGAUGCCUGCCCUGCUGGGCUGUUGGCGCUGAGUGUGAGUCUCUUGGGUGCUAUAUGCACUUGUGCGGCAUGGUAGGUGCCCCCUCGGAGUUGGCCAUUGUGGGUAAGUAGUCUCAGUGGUCUGCCUGGAGUCCCUUUUUGUGGGCCCAGCUCCCGCUGGGUUUUGCUUGGUUUUCGCCUGUGCUGCGGUGUGAUGUUCCGCUUUAGCCCUGGAAUGCAGAGUGGUUACAUGCUGGCCUGGGGUUCUGUUCUUGGGUAUGUUGCUUGGGCUUUGGGUUUGCCCGGCGGUCUCCGUCCUGUGUGUGUGGAAGCGAGCGUGUGCGCCCGGGUCGCUUGAGUCCCUUUCCCGCCAUUGUGGUCGUCGAUGCUUGCGUGGCUGGAUGGCCGCUUUGAAAGUCUGCAGUGGGAGUCCAUAAUGGCACCGGCGGGUCGCAGGACGAAUCCAUGAGGCCACCACACAGGUUGCUUGACGGUAUGGCAUUCCGCCGUCACAUAGUAUCGCGCAUAGGCUCGAGCAGAGCCGGUCAAGGGCCUCCAGGGAGUAAGCAUGUGAAUGGCUGCCCAUGCUCCCUCUCUCUGGCCUUAGCUUGGCGGCCAUCUUGGAUGAGCUCCGGCUGAUUUGUGUCUCUGCAGGCUGUGUAGCCAUGGUUGUUCGUUUGCAGCUUUACCAAGGUGAGUGUUAACUUGGUGGAGUCCGGGAUAACCCCCACCGGACCACAGGGGGGGGUGCAGGGCCCUUGUCGCACUCCUGGUGUGCCCGGCCAGGUCCGGUCGGAGGAUCGGUCGCCUCCCCCGCCAGGCCCUAGACCAGGCCUCAAGUGUUGCCUGUCGGCUGCCGCAAGUCAGCUCUGGAUCCCUAAUUGCUUCUCGAGAUGCCCAGGAGCCUCCGGUCAUAUGUUUUCAGCCUGAAAGGGCUACCGAGCAGUGAGUUUAGGCAUUAAUGUGAAUUUUGGUCCGGAGCUGAUGUGUAGUGCGUCCACUCGGUUUGGCGGUCAGGCCCCGCCCCCCUUUCUGUGUUGUUGAGAUACUAUUGACUGGAAGCUGUGUUCAAACAUUAGAGACAGGGGUAUAAUUCUGCACCACUCUCUCUUUUUCAUAUCCCAGAAGGCUUUAAAAUUAUAUAUACAAAUCAAACUGGAAUCACCCAGACUUGUUUUACAUUUAGGAUGACAAAAAUGGGAAUUUGGACUUAUUGAUGUUUUAUCCACAUCGUAUAUGGCAUAGUAAUGGUGCAGUCCAGCCUAAUUCACAAAUUCCUAUGGUAUUGAUUAAUAAACUGGAAAUCAUAGUUGCCAACUGUAAUUUUAAAGUAUAGACCAUUUCGGCAUGGUUAUUUUGGCCUGUCUGAAAAUUCCUGUUUUUUGUUUGUUUUUUAUAAACCCCUGUACAUCUUUUUAAAAAUAUCUGCAGAAUUGGACAAGCUAUUCAUGGUGAUAUUUUAAAAAUGUUAACUAUAUGUUGCCUUUAUUGCUGUCAAUUGUAGAAUUUGUAUCCGUCCUUAUCAUUCUGUGUACAGUACUGUAUUGUCAGCGCUCCUGUGUGAAGAUGGUUUGUGGCUUUGGAAGAUCACUCUUGCUGUAGUUAUUUAGUCAACAUGUAAUAAAAUGCUAAUGUCUGCUCUUUGGAUGACAGCUGUGAGAUUGAAAGCAUUAUAAAUAUUCAUCUCUCCUUUUCCAGCUUCUGCUAUUAACAGCUGGGCAUCCAGUUCAGGAACAAAUUUUGGCAUGAGGCGAUGAGCGCUUGGCGUGUCUCUUGCACUGUUUGGUAUAGCGUAGUUUUAUAAGGCUCACUGUUUUCCAACUAUCAACCAAUCCAUCUGUUUUCCAAAGUCACAGAACAAUUUGCUGCUAGUUAUUUUUUUACUUUUUCUUUUGUUUCCCCCUUAUUCACUGCUCAUUAGAAACUAGGCAGCAUGUUGGAGUCGAAGGAAUCUUUAAUAAAUAAUUUAUUGAAAUAAAACAAUAAUACAAAUUAUUGUGCAAUGGAGCAGUGAAAGGGAGGAAGUCGAAGACGUUAAAAUAAACCUGGGAAAACUUACAGAAGAAGGAGAUAGGGGGACACACGUUGAGCCCUAUGGCUCCCAGGUUACAUCAUCAUUCCGCAUAAUGACAUCACCACUUACCAUGCUAUGUAUUCAAAGAAUAAGGGCAUUGUGGGUAGGCUAACUAUAUUAUAACUUUAUCGACAGUGUAUCUCAGGUUUAGGCAAAGUCUCCAAACACCAUAACCAUUGGAGUUUUUAGUAGUGGUUAUGGUGCUAAAUGUCUGUGGGAUCUCCUUGCCAUUCCUGCCACCUCUACUGGUGUUACCAUCAUGUUUUGUUUUGUUUUUUCCCUCAUUUUACAUUCAGAAUCUUUGUACGGAGUGAGCAAACAUUGCAAUGUGUAGGCCAGUUAUGGCCGAGUGUGUCCCUUCAAAAUACUGUUGUUAUUUGAACUAUUCAAUUGAUAUCUGUGAAGAAUGAUAAUCCUUUUCUAAUAUUGUAUGUUUUUAUUUUAAAAAGAAAAAAGUAACAAAACUGAUUUCUAAGUAGAUAAUUGUUUUAAAUAUAGCACGGUCCCUGUCAGACUCCUGCUCUCCUUUCUUUGUUAAAGCGGCUCUGUCAUCAACCCCAUAAAAAUUUGUAUUUCACAAAGAUAAAAUUUUAUAAAAUACUCAUUAUGACUGGGUUGGAAUUUCACUGAAAAAUGCUGCACCAGUCAGCAUCUCCUCAUAUUGAUGCAUUGACUCAGUACAUCUCUACGGGGAAAGUUCAGCACCUGCAGAGCGUGGAGACGCUGAACGUCGGUGCUGCACAACACAGCAGAACUUCUAGUGGCUGUCCGAGUGACUGCCACUGGAGGUGUCCCUAGGCAGUAAUGUAAACACUGCCUUUUCUCUGAAAAGAUCGUGUUUACAUUAAAAUGCCUGCAGGAGCUGACUAUUCACAAGACAACUACAUUAAAGUGACACUACAGUCACCAGAACAACUACAGCUUAUUUUAGUUCUGACGAGUAUAGUCAGUCCCUGCAGUUUACGUUACAGCCCAGGGACACCUCCAAUGGCAGUCACUCGGACAGCCACUAGAAGUUCUGCUCAGAUGGCCACUAGAGGUGCUCCCUGGGGCAGUGCUGCACAGAGCGCAGCACUGACCUUCUGUGUCUCCACUUUCUGCAUGGAGACACUGAACUUUUCCCAUAGAUGUAUUGAUUCAAUACUGAUCAUGGUCAGCAUGGUGUUUAGCCAUCAAUUCUGAUGAAGUCAGCCAGUGCCGGUGGAUCCGCGGUAGUAAUGUGUUUUCACCAUAUUUAAGGGGGGCAAGUGGGGGCUAGAUAGUGAUGUUAACACUAUAGGGUCAGGAAUAUAUGUUUGUGAUCCUUGACCUGUAGUUGUUCUGGUGACUUCGGUGUCCCUUUCAUUUAUAAAUGUGCCAACGUUUUGUAAAAUAAAAUAAAAAACAGGAUACAUUCUUCACACACAAAGAAUUUCAGCAAGCUAAUGUGUUUUAGGAUCCUGCAUUGUCCCUUUAAUUUGACCGUUAUUUAUGAUGAUGUCCCUGCACUGUGCAGGGAGUGAAGCAGGGAACACCAUAGUUACUACAUUGAGGUUUUCAAACAUCGUCUGACACAAGGUUUAUGUAUGACCCGAUUAUUUACUAAAGGUAUGUAGGAGAUUUUCUAAAACAAUUUUUACUUAAAUUCUCACACAAUCUUUUUUUCUUUCAAAACUUGAAGAAAGAAAUAUGGUGUUGCAGUGACAGUUCUCCUUUAAGCAAUGUAUCAAGAACAUUCUGUAUAUCCACAACAGAUUGUGGAGUAUCAAAAUAUAAGCUUUCAUAGACCAAAGUCCUUUUCCUCCUUCUCCUGUGUUGGGGGACAAAUCAAAGUGAUAAUGAAGACUGUAGAGGUGUACAGUUGGAAUCUGAGAAGUAGGGAGUAAUAAUGUAUAGACAUCUGCUGAUUGCGGUUGUGACGUUUUUUCCAAGGAGACAUAGCACCAUUUUUAUAUAGUGAAUGUGUUUAAUUCUUUCAUCUCAUUGUGUUUGCAGAGUACGAAGAUCGCUACGGUUGGAUGGUACUGAGAACAAAAAGGUAAACACUCUGGCUGCUAAGGAUCAAGUUGCUGGAACAUAGGAAUUCCCAGGUUCCCACAUGAAUUAUUUGUUAUGGGCAGCUCCCAAUUGACUUCCAGGUGCCAGGGUGGCUCAGUUUAGCCAACUGAAUGCCAGAGCUCGACAAACCCAAUGGGGACAGAACAGUCGAAUUGAAACAAUUCCCUAAUUCAGCUUUGCUUUCAAUUUGGCUACUUUGGCCUUAAAUUUAAAGUUGACAUUAAAUUCUUGGUUUAGUAAAUAAACCUCUAUGGUUUUGAUGAUUUGAGUCAGGGCAGACUUGCAGAGCUUGCCGUGGCAAUAAAGGUAAGUAAAAAGCUGUGUGUGUGUGUGUGUGUGUGUGUGUGUGUGUGUAUGUAUAUAUAUAUGUAUGUAUAUAUGUAUGUGUAUAUAUAUAUAUAUAUAUAUAUAUAUAUAUAUAUAUAUAUAUAUUUAUUUUAUUUUUUUAAAUGAUGAAUAAUCUAAUUAAAGUGACCCUGUAGGUACCAAGACCACUUCAUCAACAUUGAAGUGGUCUGGGUGCAAUCUCUCCGUCCCCCUUAGUCCUACAAUGUAAAUCAUUGCAUCAUUAAAGACACUGCAAAGGUUACAUUGCAAGACUAAGACUGCCUCUAGUGGCUGUCAAUCAGACGGCCACUAGAGGCACUUCCUGCUUGCUAACUGAUGCUGCACAUCCUCAUGCGCUGUAUGAGGACAUCCAGAGUCCGUAAAAUCCCCAUAGGAAAGCAUUGCAGCAAUAGACCAUUGGAUAAGGUGGAGUGACGACCCAGCGUAGAGGGACAACGGCGCUGGAAUCAGGUGAGUAAUAAAGGGUUUUUUAAACCUUAGAGUGCCAGGAGGGCCCGAUGGAAGUAUAGUGUAAGGAAUACAGCCUUGUAUUCAUUACACUAUAGAAUCCCUUUAAGUAAUAGAACAUUAUAUCGUUGUUAAUACAUGUAAAUUUUCAUAUCUCUCUAAAAUGUUCUUUUAUCAUGUGUGGGUACUUGGAGUGCCAUCCUAAUUUUUUUUCUUGUGUGAAUUAUUUCUUUUGUGCAGGCAGGUAGUGAAAUCGUUAAAUAUUCAUCAGCUGCGCCACAAUAUCAUUCUUAUUUGUAUUUAUAAAAGACAAUUGUGCAAUGAAUAAUAGAAAUUUAAAAGCACGUGAAUUCAAAAAAUUCGCUGGAACAAGAGGCGAUGAGACUCUGCUUAGACACCUUUCAAAAUCUGAUGCAUGUGGGGUAUAAUUGAUAUGUUGAAGAUCUUUAAAUUUGCACCUGCCGCAAUUAUAUAAUCAAUCUAGAUUGUAUUAGGAGCUGGAUACAGCAGCCGUUAACUUGCUUAGACUGGGAACAUUUACCGCAGUACACUGGCUUUGGAUUUAAGGCCUGUCGACAGGAUGGACUUGUAAUGAAGAAAUAGACAAGUGUAUUUUUUGCCUGCCCUGUAGUCAUUUUCUAAAUAGAAUGUGUUCGACUUUGAAAGGGAGUCAUUUAUCAGCUGUGAGCUUUGUAAUCGCAGUCUUGUCAUCGGCCACUACAUGGGAACAAUAUGGAAUUAUGAUAAUGUUGCAUUGUACAGAUUACAAUAUGCAAGCGGGAAAUGAAAAGCAGAUAGGCAUUUUUAUGUGGAGACUAUAAUUGUUUACCACUGCUAAUCUGUCGUAAUUAAGCCGUAAAAUACCACCGCAUUUAUAAAUUACCCCGCCAUUACUACAAUAAAAAAUAAAGCUGAAGUAUUACUGUUAUGUUUGCGAAUGCCGUCACUUCGUAAUCUGGCCGCCAAAUGUAUCUUACCCGGUGCCAAAUGGAUCUUGAUACACUUGUUUAUUCUCUUCUCGUGCCAGUGGUGGGUGGCAGAGUAGGUACUGAAGGUGAAGAAAUUGUAACGACUGGUAGUUAGAAGAGGAGGCAAAUAGCGAGAAAAUAAAGAUUAUUUUUUUUCACUGAAUUCUCACAAAGCACUGCUAGCAGAGCGCGUCAGGAGGGUUUUGUUUUCUUGGUGCUCAGUGGAUUCGUGAAUUUUAAAGAAACGGUCACCUAUUACUUAAAGCUUUUACUGGGUCUACAGGGCAAAUGAGUAGAAAUUAUCUUACCUCUGUUGCAAGUUGAAUGAUUGGUAUUCUUUUCCUAUGAUUAAUUGUAUGCUCGUACACAUUCAAACUUGGGGAAAGGGCCCAUGUUACCAUUUUUACAAAUAUUUUGUGCUAUUUUUGGUAAGCAUAGUUAAUGGGUGAUGUUUACAUUAACAGUAUGCAUCUUCCUUAGAAGUGAUAGUUCGUCAUAGGAACACUACAUAUCUAUAUUCUUAACACUUCAGCCUUGAUGCCCGUUAUCAUUGAGGUGCGCCCCUUCUCUCCUCUUCCCUCCCCCCCUCCCGCCCCAUGUAUAAAAUUAAAAAAGCUCAUUACAAUUAAACAAAUAACUUGCCUUUUCUCCAGCAACGACUUUCCCUCGGCACUGCCAAAACCUUUUCAAGUGAUACCUCAUAGAGAAACUUUGGAGGUCUUGGGCAUAUGCACGGUGCUCACUGUUAUGUCCCUAAGAUUCUGCCAUAGAGAAUCAUUGAAAAAAUUGAUGAGGGCUAGCCACGGCAAGGGAGAACAGGUGAGUAAAAUCACCUUUAAUCUCCGGAGAGAGUGGGGUCAGGCACAUGUUUGUAUUCUUGAUUCUAUAGUGUUCUUUAACCCCUUAAGGACACAUGACAUGUCAUGAUUCCCUUUUAUUCCAGAAGUUUGGUCCUUAAGGGGUUAAAGUUCUAAAGUUUUGUCUAUUUUUUUUUAUAAUUCUUUAUUUUUGCUGCGCAUGCGAUUACAUACAGACUUGCGAUACCAACACAGUUUGAGCAAGCAAUUCAAGUGACAGACAAGGUAUAACUUUGACUUGGUAUAUGAAGUAACUGCACAAUUUUUAUAAGUAAAAUAAAGCUAAUCAAGAAACUGAAUGGUAAACAUUAGGGAUUGACCGAUUAUCGGUCUGGCUGAUAUUCGGUAUUUUCAGCAAUAUCGGUAUCGGCAAAUAGAGAUACCGAUAUUGCCGAUAAUACAUACAAGGACCAGCGGUCCUGGGGGGGCCCGCAGCAAGCUCUUACCUUCCAAGCAGCUCUCUUCAGCUUUCUGUGUAAAUCUUGCGAGUCCUGCAGCUGGCAGCGUUGCCACGGGUUACCAUGGCAACACUCCGCACGGCACACAGGCCGCAAGACUUACACAGGGAGCUGCUGGGAAGGUAAGUAAGCACUUGCUGCGGGCCCCCUUUGUACUUUCCAUGCCACUGGACCACAAGGGAAUGGUAUAUAGGGAAUGGUAUAUCCCCACUCUCUGGCCAGGCAACAAGCAGGGAGGAGGGGGGGAACUAAAAAAGUGUUUUAAAAAUUUAAUUUAAAAAAUGCCCUCUCCCCCCAAACACAAUGCAUUAUAUACACACACACUGCAUUCACUAUACAAACACUGCACAAACACACACUUUGCAUUUAGUAUAUACACACUGCAUUCACUUUACACACACUGCAUUCACUUUACACACACUGCAUUCAUUACACAAGCACACACUACAUUCACUACACAAGCACACACACUCUGCAUUCAUUAAUAUACACACUACACAAAUACUGCAUUCACUAUACACACUGCAUCCACUACACAAACACACACAGCUCCCCUGCCUAAACACACUGCAUCCACUACACGUGGCAUGUAUAUUUUGUGCAUUUACCUUUAGAAAUAGUUUAUUUUUUCAAAAUGGUAAAUGUACAGAAUAUCGAUAAGUUAUCGGCUAUCGGCCUGAAAGUUCACAGAUUAUCGGUAUCUGCUCUAAAAAUCUAUAUCGGUCGAUCCCUAGUAAAUAUGUCAGUAUGGAGUCACGUAAUAGCAUUCUGGCUACUCUGACAGUGCUUCAGUGUUAUAAAACAUGCUUAUAGUGUCCACGAGUAUUAUUACUAGAAUAGCAACAAGAGGAUAAUGCCACUGGUGGCCCCCAUCGAAAACAAAAGAUGUGUAAACAGAACCACUUGAUAUUGAAAACUAAUAUCUUAAAUUAGGAGGGCAGGAGUGCAGGAAUUUAUUAGACAAUGCCCUUUAUGGGUCUAAUAGAGACAAAGGACUGAGCGUGAGUGAUUACGCCUGUCUACAGUUAUGUGGUGAGCCAAGGCUACAGAGGUCAGCAGUGGAGUUGGGAAAUUCCGCCUAUCCCUCCCAUGUAGUGGGUACAGCCCUGGUAAGAAAAGCGACACAAGUUCCAUUAAUUAUCCCCCCACAAGCCCCAGGCCUUAAUACAGUCCAGAGCACUAUUCUCACAGGUUCCAUUGCCAGUAUCAUGAAGGAUUUGAUCUCAAGGCUUUUUGUCCGGAUUCAUGCUGGGGUGGUGCGACUUGGCCUUCCGAGGGGGUGAGUUGUAUUUGGGGUAUUGUCCCAGGUUGGACCGUUGCCGAGGGAGGUAACGGGUCGUAGCAGGUCUGAGCUGUCUGUUCUUUAUUGCCUUCCAAGGUGUCCGCCUCUGCUUCUUAGCCGUUGUUUUUGUGGCAGUGUCGUGCCCAGCUGGUAGUAGCCGAGUAGUAAUGCUAGUGGGAUCAUGCUAAGGUGUUUGUGCUGCUCUUGCAGCUCGUCGCUGGAUCCUUUGCCAGAAAAGCUCCCAAAGCUUUUCCAAAGUCCAGGAGAGUCGGUCGGGGAGGGUAACAAAUCUGCUCCAUUGAGUAGGGAGAGUGGCCGCCCCUCUCCAGCUCCCGUCAGUAACGGUGUUGGGUAAUGUGUUCCCCGGGUUGUCAGCUCACACACCGGUUGUUUAGCACACUGUGCAUUGAUUUCAAGCUUGUUUUUCAGUGUUUUUACACAAUGUGGGGACCGAUAUUGCACAAGCUCUGUUGGCUCACAUCCGCUCGGCAGCUUAGCUCCGCUUCCCCUCAUGUAUUAUUUUUUCUUUCUUUUCCUUUUCCUUUUUCAGCUUUUUUUUUUUUCUUUUACAGUUGAGGCAGAUGUGCUUAAUACAUAUGCUUUUCUUUUUUUUUUUUAAUUAAGUUUUUGUUUUAGGUACACCUACUUUCAUUAAUAUCCCUCUGAAGAAUGUUAUAUUUAGCGCAGCAUUCAUUGUUUGUCUUUUUUCGGAACCCUGCUGUACAGCACUACAGAAUGUGGUGGUGCUCUAUAGGUAAACUAUUUCUCUUCAUCAGCAGUGCAGGUAAUUGCAGUAUUAUAUUAAUUAAUGUACAUUUUCGGUCUCUCUCACUUUCCAACAGAAUGAAGCUUCGCCAGCAAGGACACCCCUCCAAUUUAAUUUAUAUUCCCCAACAACGGGAACAUGCAAAAUAAGCACUCCUCCUGUGGCCAAUAAACUCAAUGCAAAAGGUCUUCAGCAAGAUAAGAGACAAGGCAAGUCCAUUUUUUUCUGUGUUCCUUCAAAGCCGAAUUCUAUACAGCAGGGAAUAGACUUAACAUCUUAUAGCUUUUUAUUAAAGAGCUACUUCAUUCUACCUAUGUUCUGCAUCAGUUAUAGAUAAGUUACAGCAUACUUACUUUUUUUUCCGCAAAGCAACUUUAAAGUGCAUUCCGAGUACCAUAACCACUACAGCACACUUUUUACAUCUACUCCAUUCCCAAUGCUAACAGUCAGGGUAAUAUAUUACAGUCAGUAUUUAUGAAUGUAGAAUAUAGGCACAUUUUAAAUUCGAACGCAGUCGACAGCCAAUAAAAUUCCAGGAGAGGAAUAAGGUCAUCUCUUUUUUGAUUGCACACUGUUCCACCUACUGCACCAGAACUUGUCAAAUUUUUAAGCUGUUACUUUUUAAUGGUGAAGACAUUUUAAUGUGCAAAACAAUAUAUGCACAAACCAAACUAGGGAUUGUCUCUUAUUUUAAUUUACUUUGUAUUUAUACUCCUGUAUCAAACGGUUUCUGCAAAAAUGACAUGAAUCGUUUAUUACUAAAGGGAGAAUUUACAGUCAAUUCAAAGUGAAUUUCAAAUCGAAGGCGAAAAUAGCGGAACUGGAGCAUUUUUCUGGGUCAACUAUGCUGCCAGUUCAACUAUUUCGUUCUUACAUUUCCGAUGAAGAAUCCUUAAGAUUCUUUAUUCUCUUCAGGUACACGUUACAAACUGUAAAUUUAGUUUUAAUUUAGCAAAAUACAUAUUGUACGAAAUCCCAGCACCAAAUUAUUUUGGCAUGACUCUCCCUUUUCCCAGAGCGUAUGGCCCAACGUUAACUUCUGCUUUAUACGUUAGCAGGACAUUUGGUAUUGCUAAGACACUUUAAUACGUCCAAUAACUUAAUUGUCUGUUGCAAUCCAUAUUACAAUGGAAAUCUGUUUAUAACCAAAUUGGGUUUCAUAAUCUGUGUUAAAUACUAUUAUUAGUCUUUUAGGCAGAACAUCCUUGGACUGGAACUUGUCUUCUGAUGCUAUGUAUCCGUUUUCUAAACUAUUGGGAUCUUUCUACAGGUGAACCUGUUCAGUCUAAUCGUAAAGUGCCUGAAAGCACCAGCAGAGGGCAGCAUCCUACAGAUGAAAAUGCUGAGUAAGUCAGGUCGUAGCAUGUGUUAGUUGCCAUUGCCAUUCCACCAUAACUCACUGGGCUGACUCAGGAGAAAGACAUUGUAACACAAAAGGCUCUCUCUGGCAUUGCUGUGUGUAUUUUACUGGUUUUAUUGCAUUUUUAUUGAGAAACAAACGGAUUGUAUGUGAUACUGUGGUCCAAACAUGCUUUGAAAAACCUUUAAGACAAAGCAAUACAUUGCUCAGCUCCUCUUGUAUUUAAAAGCUAGUGCGCAUGAAAAAUAGACCAUGUCUGUACAAAGUGUGGUGCCUUCCAUGUGAUGCCCCCCCUAAAUAGGUCAUUUAAAAUUUAAAUAUCUUUGUUAUUCCUUAAACACAGAAUAUUUAUCAAUAUACCCCAUUAUAAAAGCCUCAGGUGAACUGUUAGACACCAGAACUAUGAAUUGUAAAUUACACCGCCAGUAAAGGUAUAUAAAAAUCUUCGUUCUGGCUAUUUCUUAGCAUUUUAUUUUUAUUUGUUUUUGUAACACCUGUUUUCAUAUACAAAUGCAUUAAUAUGCCGUGUUAUUCUGAUAUAUUUUGUUUUGUUCAAAAGGACUAACAAUAGUAAGAUGAUCUUUUUUUAGAUGGUGCGAUGCAUAUUUCUAUUACAUUUCGGUCAUGCACGCUUCAAAGAUUGUGGUAACCAUUCCCUGCUUGUUGGCUGUGAAAUAUGAGAUGAGAUUGUUUAUUGUUCUUUAUAAAGUUUAUAAUAUACUAUGCUGCGCUGUGCAUUGGAUAAAAGGUUAAUACCGUAGCUGGAAGGGAACAUGAAGUGGAGGGAGAGCCUGCGUUUUAGUUCUUAUUUGGGACAUUUUACAACUCGAACUGAUUGGCGAGACCAUCCCUCUCCACCUGUGCUAGGCUGCUGUUCAUAUCACCUUCUGGCAGAAGACUAUGUGUAAGGAGGUGAAAGUCAUAUAAGGUGACAUUAGGUCUUUCGAACAUUCCUGAAUUGCGCAGUUUGAAUAUUUUACAAUACGCUGACACGGACAUUGACAUUUCUCCACUUUGCUACCAAACUGUCCCUACCUCGGGAUUCGGGGAUAUCGCGAACAGAAGCAUAAGAUCCUGGUAAAUGACAAUUGUAUUCAGUCCUUCUGAAGGACCAGAUUGAAAUUUUCACUGUUGCUUGGAUUACAUGUCUAUACUUCAAUAUCAAUCUUCAGCUUUGCGUGGUUAUUCUGGAGGGGAGAGUGAGGCUCCCUGCCUGUAGUUUGUCAGUGCAUAGGAGUCUCCUUAUGACAAGAGACAUGAAACAUUAUCCCAUGUGUAUCAAGUACAGUUUGGGAAUAAAAGGGCUAAAGGUGGAGCAAUCAGCUGGAUCUUAUAGAUGGUUUCCAUGGUGAUCGCUCCACUAUCAGAAUUUCACCCCCAAAUUGCUCUCUAUAGAGAACUCUAAAUAUCUGACAGCAUUUCAACAGCUCACAGACUGAGAUAUUCCAAACAGUUCUGGAUUAUUGGUUAUUUUAGGGUUUUAAAAAUGUUACUAGGCAGUCGCUCUCUUCAGUAGCAGAUUGCAUGGCCCUAAUGUUGUCAGAUCUUUUAUUACAUAUAGGUGUUUUAUUUAUUAAACCGGGUAUUGUGGAGACUUUGUGAGCUUGCAAAGUAUUUAGAUAUUUAGAGCUGAAUAAUUGUCCCAGUUAAGCUAUAUUGGCCUAAUAUUUGCAGUUCCCAUUUCAGUUGGUUAUUAUACCAGUUCGGCUGUAUUGGCCUAAAUGUUGAAAUUCGCCUUGGAUACAAGUAUAUAAAGUCUCUGGAAAUCUCUCCUUCAUAAAUAACCUUGCAUAGAGUUAUCGUGUAUGGAAGAGCAUUCUCAACACAUCACAUUUUAGUUGGUUGAGAUCUGUAGGCCAUUGGGGAUUUUCUGUAAUAUUUGGUGAUUUGAAAUUAAAAAGCUAUUAAUAGGGGGAGGUUUUUUUACAUCUCUGCUUCUUCUCUUGUAGUGUCCUGGACUUGCUGUCACGCUUUGAAAAAUCAGCAGAUGCGUUUUUGAAAAUGAGACAAAGUUUAAAACAUUUGCAGGUCAGUUUUUUUUUUUUUUUUAAUGCUUCACAAGUAAUUGAUUAAGAGACUUGAUUCCUUAUGCUGCAUUUUUGUAUAAUUUUUAAGUUUUUGUUUAGAAAUAAAGCUGUGGAUUAAAUAUCAGUAUUACUUGAAAGGAUCAUCCACUGCCCAAAUACAAAAUUAAUAAAAUUCACUGUUUAAUACAUAUACCUCAAAUGAAAACUUGCAUGUAUUUUAGGGAUCGACCGAUUAUCGGUUUUAUUGAUAUUAUCGGCCGAUAUUCGUUAUUUUCUGUAAUAUCGGUAUCUGCCAAUAUAGAUACCGAUAUUGCCGAUAAUACAUACCAAGACCGGCAGCAAGCUGUUACUUCAGCUCCCAUGUCAAAUCUCGAGAGUCCCGCGGCUGCAGAGCGUUGCCAUGGGUUACCAUGGCAAUCCUCCCCGCGGCACACAGGCCGCGAGAAUUACACUGGGGAGCUGCUGGGAGGUAACAGCUUGCUGCCGGCCCCCCUACUGCACUGCCCAUGCCACUGGACCACCAGGGAAUGCCAUAUCCCCCCUCCCUGGAAGGUAACAAGCAGGGAGGGUGGACAAAAAAUAAAAACAUAUAAAUAUUACAAUAAGAAAAACACUGCAGAUAAGAAAUGUUUAAUAAAACAUAUAAAUAUUAAAAAUACAAUUAAAAUAAAAAAAUGCCUCCCCUCCUGCCCAUUUUAUACAAAUUACAUCCCUUCACAAACACACACUAUACAAACACACACACACUGCAUUCAUUAUAUACACACUAUACAAACACACACACUGCAUUCAUUAUAUACACACUAUACAAACACACACACUGCAUUCAUUAUAUACACACUAUACAAACACACACUGCAUUCAUUAUAUACACACUAUACAAACACACACUGCAUUCAUUAUAUACACACUAUACAAACACACUGCAUUCAGUAUAUACACACUAUACAAACACACACUGCAUUCAUUAUAUACACAAUAUACAAACACACACUGCAUUCAUUAUAUACACACUAUACAAACACACUGCAUUCAUUAUAUACACACUACACAAACACACACACUGCAUUCAUUAUAUACACACUAUACAAACACACACUGCAUUCAUUAUAGACUCACUAUACAAACACACACACACUGCAUUCAUUAUAUACACACUAUACAAACACACACUGCAUUCAUUAUAUUUAUACACACUAUACAAACACACAUUGCAUUCAUUUUAUAUACACUAUACAAACACUGCAUUCAUUUUAUACACACUAUACAAACACACACUGCAUUCAUUUUAUACACACUAUACAAACACACACUGCAUUCAUUUUAUACACUAUACAAACACACACUGCAUUCAUUAUAUACACACACUAUACAAACACACACACUGCAUUCAGUAUAUACACACUAUACAAACACACACUGCAUUCAGUAUAUACACACUAUACAAACACACACUGCAUUCAUUAUAUACACACUACACAAACACACACUGCAUUCAUUAUAUACACACUACACAAACACACACACUGCAUUCAUUAUAUACACACUACACAAACACACACACUGCAUUCAUUAUAUACACACUACACAAACACACACACACUGCAUUCAUUAUAGACUCACUAUACAAACACACACACACUGCAUUCAUUAUAUACACACUAUACAAACACACACUGCAUUCAUUAUAUUUAUACACACUAUACAAACACACACUGCAUUCAUUGCAUUAUAUACACACUAUACAAACACACACUGCAUUCAUUUUAUACACACUAUACAAACACACACCAUUCAUUUUAUACACUAUACAAACACACACACACACUAUAUACACACACUAUACAAACACACACACUGCAACACACACACACACUAUACAAACACACACUGCAUUCAGUAUAUACACACUAUACAAACACACACUGCAUUCAUUAUAUACACACUACACAAACACACACUGCAUUCAUUAUAUACACACUACACAAACACACACACACACUAUACAAACACACACACACUGUCUAAACACACACACACUAUACAAACACACACACAGCAUUCAUUAUAUACACACACACUAUACAAACACACACACAUAUACAAACACACACACACUAUACAAACACACACACACACACUGUAAAACACACACACACACACUAUACAAACACACACACACACACUUUAUGCAAACACACGCCACACACGCACUAUGCAAACACACACACACACUAUACAAAACACACACACACAUAUACAAACACACACACACACACACUAUGCAAACACACACACACUAUACAAACACACACACACACUAUACAAACACACACACACACUAUACAAACACACACACACACUAUACAAACACACACACAGCAUUCAUUAUAUACACACACUAUACAAACACUGCAUUCAUUAUAUACACACACACACACUAUACAAACACUGCAUUCAUUAUAUACACACACACACACUAUACACACACUGCAUUCAUUAUAUACACACACACACACUAUACACACACUGCAUUCAUUAUAUACACACACACACACUAUACACACACUGCAUUCAUUAUAUACACACACACACACACUAUACACACACUGCAUUCAUUAUAUACACACACACACACUAUACACACACUGCAUUCAUUAUAUAUACACACACACUGCAUUCAUUAUAUAUACACACACACUGCAUUCAUUAUAUAUACACACACACUGCGUUCAUUAUAUAUACACACACACUGCGUUCAUUAUACACACACUAUACCAACACACACUGCGUUCAUUAUACACACACUAUACAAACACACACUGCGUUCAUUAUAUAUAUAUAUAUAUCUAUAUAUAUAUAUAUAUACACACACUGCAUUCAUUAUAUACCGUAUUUAUCGGCAUAUAACACGCACCUCAUUUUAAGAAGGAAAUUUCAGGGGGAAAAAAACUUAAAUUUCAAAUAAAGAACUUCUUACCCCCUUCUUACUCCCCCCUUUCUUACUCCCCCCUCCCCCUCUUCUUACUCCCCCUCUUACCCCCUUCUUACUCCCCCCUCUUCUUACCCCCUUUGCCUCCCCCCCCCCUCCCCUCUUCUUACCCCCCUUUCUUGCCUCCCCUCUUCUUACCCCCUUUCUUACUCCCCCCCUCUUCUUGCUUCCCCCCCUCCCCUCUUACCCCCUUCUGCCCCCUCCCCCCCUCUUCUUACCCCCCCCUUUCUUCCCCCACUCCCCCCUCUUCUUGCUCCCUCUCCCCUCUUCUUGCCCCCUUUCUUACUAUCCCCUCCCCUCUUCUUGCCCCCUUUCUUACUCCCCCUCCUCCUUCUUGCCCCUCCCUCUGCAGGACAGGGUUUCUGUUCCUGUACCCGGUCGGACUGACAGGAAGGUGCACACUGAGCGUGCACCUUCCUAUCACUCCGGCCGACCACCGCGGACAGCAGAGCAGCUCAGCCACGCGGGAGGGGAGGUGAGAACCAACUGCAGCCGCCUGACCGCUCUUGACAGAGCGCUCAGGCGGCUCCAGCAUUUAAAGGGCCGGCGUAUAACACGCACCCAUAGUUUGCCCCCUAUUUUCAGGGAGAAAAGUGCGUGUUAUACGCCGAUAAAUACGAGAGAGAGAUAUAUAGAUAUAUAUAUAUAUAUAUUGCAUUCAUUAUAUAUGUAUACACACACACAUUGCAUUCAUUAUAUAUGUAUACACACACACACAUUGCAUUCAUUAUAUAUGUACACACACACACACACACACACACACACACACACAUUGCAUUCAUUAUAUAUGUACACACACACACACACAUUGCAUUCAUUAUAUAUGUACACACACAUUGCAUUCAUUAUAUAUGUAUACACACACACACAUUGCAUUCAUUAUAUAUGUAUACACACACACACACUGCAUUCAUUAUAUAUAUAUGUAUACACACACACACACUGCAUUCAUUAUAUAUGUAUACACACACACACACUGCAUUCAUUAUAUAUAUAUACACACACACACUGCAUUCAUUAUAUAUAUAUAUAUAUAUAUAUAUAUAUAUAUACACACUGCAUUCAUUCAUUAUAUUAUAUACACACACCCUAUACAAACACACACUGCAUUCAUUAUAUACACACACUAUACAAACACACGCACACACUGCAUUCAUUUUAUACACACACACUAUACACACACUGCAUUCAUUAUAUACACACACACUAUACAAACACACACUGCAUUUAUUAUAUACACACACACUGCAUUCCUUGCGCGCGCGCACUGCAUUCCUUGCACGCGCGCACUGCAUUCCUUGCGCGCGCGCACUGCAUUCUAUAUAUAUAUAUACACACACACACACCAUUCAUUAUAUAUACACACACACACACACACCAUUCAUUAUAUACACACACCAUUCAUUAUAUAUAUAUAUACACACACACACUGCAUUCAUUAUAUAUAUACACACACACACUGCAUUCAUUAUAUAUACACACACACACUGCAUUCAUUAUAUACACACGCUGCAUUCAUUAUAUACAUACACACACACGCUGCAUUCAUUAUAUACAUAUAUAUAUAUAUAUAUAUAUAUAUAUGCACGCACACAGCUCCCCUGUCUAAACACAUUGCAUGCACUACAUGUUGCAUGUAUAUUUUGUGCAUUUACCUUUAGAAAUGGUUUAUUUUUUGAAAAUGGUAAAUGUACAGAAUAUCGGCACGUUAUCGGCUAUCUGCCUGAAAGUUUACAGAUUAUCGGUAUCGGCUUUAAAAAAAAAAACAAUAUUGGUCUAUCCCUAAUGUAUUUAAUUAUGCAUUUUUCUUUGCGGUUAUAUAUAUAAAAACAGUUUGCGAUAUCUGCAGUUCUCUUUUUGGCAGCCUUUGUAAGCCCUCCCCUUUAACCACACCCAGACAUUCUGUGGCUGCCCAAUCACAGACUUCCCAAUGCAGUUCAAUGAGAAGUCUUUGCAAGGCAGCUGUUCUGGGCCCUUGCUGUCUCUUGGGUUUAGCUCCACUGAGCUAAACAAACCAGUAACUAACAGGACCUGUUGUCUGCUUGUAAGCCAAGGGGGCGGAACCAAGUUAAUUUUAUAAAAGUGCCCAUUUCUGUUGGAAUCUGCACUUUUUACAAAAUGAAAAAAGAGGACACAGUCUUCACACAUAAAGCUUUUCAGCAAGCUAAAGUGCUUUAUGGAUCUGCAGUGUCCAUUUAACUGUAAACCACUAAGCUAAACACUCUCCAGGGUGCAUUUUGCAACCAUUUUAAUGCGUUCUAGUGAAAAUGUUUUAUACAUGUAAAUAAAAAUGUACUUCCCCCCCAAAACCUCCCUCACCAGACUUUCCAACCAGUAGAUGAUCUUCUCAUAGCCUUCAAAGAAAAAAGCUUUGUGUUCAGGUAAACUUCUGAGUGUAGCAUCACACACAGACAAAUGGUACUACUGGGGAAGCUCUUGGUCUGUGGAAAAAAUGUCAACUGCUGUGAAUACAUUUAUUCAAAUCAUACAACUCUCUCAUUGGAGAUACUCGUCCUGUAAAUAGGAGACAAUGGGGACUUCACUCUUCAUUGCACAAAAAACCCACGAUUCGUUCUUUGCGAGAUGUUCUAUCUCAUACAUUGUUUCAUCUUUGUCGCUUGGAGAGGCCCUUUAACUGUAAUUAAAAACAUUUAUAAAUUUUGGUUUAUGACUUUUAGUGAUAAGUCUACACAUACAGGGUUAUUCAGUGUGAAAUGUCAAAUUGGGGAAAUUCAGCUAUGUUUUUACUUCAGCUAUUUUGGCAUAAAAUUAGAAUUUCACUCUAAAUUCACUGUGAAUUCCUGGAAACUCAUUAUUUAGUGAAUAAUUCUGUCUGCAUACCAGAGGUAAUCCCCUCUUACUGAUUCCCGAUUAGUUGUAAAAUGAUUAACAAAGAAAAAAAAUAAAGUGUACAUAGUCAUAUUUCUUUAGGAGAAAAUACCCCAGUCCCUGUGUUUGUGUGUAUAUAUAUAUAUGUAUGUGUGUAUAUAUGUGUGUGUAUAUAUAUAUAAUUUAUAUAAUACAUUUUCAUAUUUAUGUUAAUUAUAGGAAAUUCUAACAUCUCAGCAUUACAACCUUCUGUAAGGCACAAACAGGACAUUUCAAGCAAAUUAAAGUUUUUAAUGUUUACGCAAACCUUAAUAUCUCCGCUCAGGAUGGUCCUAGUUUACUAACAGCUGAUCUGUAGAGAAUCCAAGGUGCUUGUACAUAUAUUAACAUUCUUGUUUUUUAGACUUAGAACUUAAGUCCUAAUGUAGUGCUAAAGAUUGCUGAAUAUUUAUAAUGUGAAGGGUUUAAGUCUUUUAUUUUUUAUUUUCGGGUGGGGUGUUACCUAUGCAUAGUGUGCAUACAGAACAUUUCAGGCUUAAGAUGGGUCUUAUUUUUAUUCUAUGAGGGCGAGAGAGACACAGUUUUUUUUUUUUUACAUUUUCCCUUAAUUUUGAGUUAAAUAUCACUGGUAGGUGACCAGAGCAAAAACCUACAUUUUCCCAGAUAUAAGUCUAAUAUGGUAAUAUUCUGCUGGGGAAAAAAAAAUACUUUGAGAUUCCACCGGCUACAGAAUUAUGUCUAGUAGACUUUUGGAGAAAAGCUUCUUUUAUUCAUAUGUUUUUGAGAAAUGAGCAGAUGUCAUAUAAGCAUAUAACAAUUAUUAAAAAUGAACAGUAAUUAGGUUUAUUAUUGACACACCAGAAUUUUAAAUUCCAUAUUUGGCUAAAAACUAUUCAGGCAUCACUUUCAUCUAACACACUUCAGCUCCUGGCAUUUAACUUGCAGUAAUGCAACCAACACACCGACAAGCUGUGUUCACCGGUUUGCUGGAUUGGGCACAGCUGCACAUGCAGAGAAAAGUCUUCCUGUCUGUUGCCAAUAUUAAAAAUAUAGUUGCGUUUUGGACCUCAAUGACAAAUAUAAGAUAUCUUAUGUCAGCUACACCUCUGUCGACAAACACACAGGACAUGGAAACCUACUCAAUUGUAGAGUAGAAGAGGAUUCUGGAAUGUUACUUUGCAUGAUAUCCCUUGUCUAUGCCCUUAUUCACGGUUAGUGCCAGACAGUAGCAUUGUUGAUCACAAUAUAUAUAAAACACGUCAAGCGUACAAAUGGAUGAAAUUUACUUUUUGUGGCCUGGACUCAGAAUGACAGGUCAUCGUAAAUGCCAGAAGUAUGAGACAAUUCUGUGGUUUGCCAUAUAUCUCAUGAUUGCAGGGUGAUAUGCAUUCUGUACCCAGUGAACCCCCCUAAAUGCUGGGAGUGCAGCAUUGGCCCUUCUGUUCCACAACACAUCUCUCAGUUUGUACAUGAGCUUUCUGAAAUAUGCAACUCUGAACUGGAUAACGCAGCGGGUACUUGAGCCUGCCCUGCGUGCCAGAGUUAUAAUUGCCGACAGAGCAUUCCAACGGGUGGAUCGCUGCAAAUGCUUACAUGGCUUUGUGUGGUGCUGGACAUGUGGGCUUCUGUUUACCCAAUUUAGGAGGAAGCUGUUGUAAUGUGUCUCUAGCUGUUAACAGCACAUGCUGUGACAUUUACAGCAGCACCGGCUGCAUAUAUGAAUUUCAAGUGUGACACUUGCACAGCAAGGUGGGUGGUUUAGAACUGACAGGCUGAACAGAGCGAUUUACACAGAGAAAGCAUGUGUUGUCUUUCUAUAGCUUUUAUCUGGGUUUGUGUCUUUUUUUUGUUUGUUUUUCUGAGCUAUCUCCUGAAAGCUUGUCAUUCCAAAAUUCUGCUACUCAUAUAAAAAGGUAUUCCAAAAUAAUAUUUGUAUCUUCUACUUUACCCAUCUAUUGAAUUCACAUGUGCUAUUUAAGAAGUCCAAUAAUAUUUCUUUCUUUUUUAAAUUGUUCAUAUAAUUAUACAGUGAGAUUGUGUUUCCCUAAAUAAACAGAAAACAAGGGUUAUUUAUCAAACUGGCAAUUGCAAAUGGAAUAAUCAACUUUCUUCAACACUGUUUUUUGAGUUUUGUCCUGAAAUUUGCAGUUUCCUUCUGAUACAUUGGCCGCUUUAAUCAGAAAAGUGAGAAUCAGGAUUUCAAAGGGCAUUUCAAAUCUAUGGCCAAAAUAAAUAUUCCAAGUCAUCUAUGCUUCAAUUUCAUCUACUUUGGCCUUAUAUUUGAUAUUUGCUAUGAUUUUCCUACAGUUCUUUCUCUAGUGAAUAGCCCUGUUAGUGUUGGGAUUAAAAUAUUAAAAUUGUUGUAUUUCACUUGUUCUGGAUUAUAUUUUCGUGUGAUGUACAACACCAGCUUUGUAAUCCGUUGGCUCCCAGAUCAAUGCAGUUGUAUAUUGUGACCAGUUUUUAUGGAUGUUACUUGAAAUGCAACAUACAGGAGGUUUGUGUACAGUGGAUAAUGCUAUAGACUGGAGGAACACUUUUUUUUUACUGGUCGUAUCGAAUAAGGAUACUUCAUCGGAAUUAAGUUAUUAUGGUAGCUGGAGUUCGCUUUCACCGACAUACCUUCAGGAUUAUAAAUCUUUAAUGAAAGGUUUCACCCCCUACAGUGCUUUGUAGUCCAAGGCUUCAAUAUGGAAGCCAAGGACAGGAGUACUGCGUAGUAGCUGCUCAUUCACUAAACAGCGUGAUACAAAUAUGUUCUCUACAUAUCAGCGUUGCCCCAGUGUAAGGCUCCCUGAUUGAAGUGUUUGACUGCAAAGGAUGUUCGGGAGCAGAGCUGCUGGACGAAAAAUUUUGUGGUUCCUGUUUAACCCCUGACGGUAUGCUGGUGCUCUGGUCCUCCUAGCACCAUAACAACUUAAUUCAGAUGAAGUUAUGGUACCCGGAGUGUCCUUUUAAUAAGAUGUGGUUGUUGGUUAAUGUAUAAAAGGACAUUUUACUUUCACAGCCUUUAACCCCUUAUCGUUCCACGGUUUGCUAACGAUAGAUUCACAGCCAGUCUGUUAAACACACACAGUACUGUGAUUUUAAUGCAUCAUUCUUAUACACUGUGUACGCUCUGUUUCUAAAACAUUAGCAUGUCUCACUGCAUUAUCAGUGACUUCUCAUGAUCCAGCAUUUUUCAGAUCAUAGCAUGAAAUAGGACAAAUAAUACACAGCUCAGGAUUUACAGUCUUGUUUUUUGUUUGUUUUUUAUGUAUUUACCAACUCCAAGUGCUUUCAUCUUUUAACAUUUGCAAUCUGUAUUCGUGUUCCAGCAGUUUGGAUUCUGGUCUGGUCACCUUAGUGAGAACACUGAGUUUUAUCAUAGAAUAAUUGGCAUAGACCAGCUGUUUAUUGCACAAGGUAUUAGUGCUGCACUGUAAGGGCGCUUUGUAUCAUCUGGUGACUCUUCCUGACUGUACUGCUUUUAUUAAUGCAUUGUCCCAUUCGACCGGUUGUUUUAGGCUUUGGAGGGCAGCAGAGAGCUUGGACAUCUCACAGGAUUUGGAAAUUCAUCAAACGACCUGAAAGCUGAGCUGCAGAAAACAAAAGUUCUGAGUAAGUGGAUCUGUCCCCAUUCUUCUAAGGUUGACAUUACUCAAACCAGUAAAUACAUUAGGUCCCAGGCUUCUCCUGAGAGCCUGACAAAAACAGGUUCCUUAACCCUUCCAGGUAAGUCACUCACCUCUUACAGGAGCAGGGUCCUUAACCCUUUCAGGUAAGUCACUCACCUCUUACAGGAGCAGGGUCCUUAACCCUUCCAGGUGAGUUACUCAACCCUUACAGGAGCAGGGUCCUUAACCCUUCCAGGUGAGUUACUCAACUGUUACCCACCUCUUAGAACUGUAACACAUGGAAUGGCCCUUGAGUAAAUGAUCCUAAUUAUUGUUGUGGCACAUUACAGGAAAUCUAUAAUCACAGCUCUGUAUAAUCCCAUUUCAAUUAAAAUGUAAUUGUGUGUAAGUUGUAUUUUUUUGUUUUGUAUUGUUUUUACCCAUAGUUCAAACGUUUUGAAAAUAUAGUUUUUCCUUACAGACGGUGGGGGGGAACAUUUUCUGUGAGCACUUUUAGCAAUGUUUCCCUUAGCUAGUACUCAGGAAGUGCUCUGUAUAGCAUGUGCAAGAAAAUGGCUUCCCCGGACAGUUGGAAAACAGCAGUGUGGUUCUACAUCAAUGAAUUUUUUUUUUAAAUUAAAUAAGCUUUAUUAACUAAAGUUAUUCAGUGAUCUAAAAAUCUGAAUAUUUCUCUGUGCAUUUCAGCAAUGUUUAAUUUGCCAAACAUUUGCUUCAAUUUCAUUUUCAGGUACUGAUUUAUAGUUUAAGUAAGAGUUGCCAAUGAGUGUCAAUGCUUCUAAGCUUUGCAGCUUACCUUCAGCAUAGAGAAAGUAUUCAGGGAAGCGAAGAAGAAAUGUUUGUUUUUGCUCAUUCGCAUUGUAUGCCCUGGCCGUGCCAGGAUAUUUCAUCAUUUAGUACAUUUUUAUUCUAACAUAAAAAAGGUUACCACAAAUGCUAGGUGAUUCCCACUGUUUAAUUCAGUUGUGUUCUUGCCAGAGAAGUGAUGGCACUCAUUUUAAGCCUGGUUUUAGUUCAAUAAAUCUUCUGUAGCAUUACAAAUAAAAAGUUAAAAAUGUUUUUGGAAAGUGAUUCCACAAUAAAAGAUUUCAGCUGAAAGGCCAAAAAUAAUAUUCGUUUAUAUGCAGAUGCUUGAUUGUAAUUUAUUAUAAUUGCACCCAUUUUUUUUACAUUUCAGACUUACACCUUUUAUAAAAUGCUUCCCAAACGCAUUUUUCUUCUCCCCACAAAUGUUAUAAUUUUAUAAUGUUUUGUUAGUCUACCUCCAGAAUAGAAGUUUGCUAAUACUUUUCAGAAUGAAUGGAACAUUAACACAAAGGCCUUUCUAAAUACUCUAUAAGGCUGUGUCAUGUCUGUUUCUAUGUGAUGCUCCACAGUGCAGGAGAGCGCAAGAAAACUUGUCAAUGUGUCACAUUGAUAGUUUGUCCUCAGUGUAUUUAGAAGCUUCUCUCGUAACUUGUAAAUGCCCAUUACAGAAUAGUUUCUGGACAACUGUGAAUAGGAUCAUGAACUUUCACUUUUCUUAAUAUUACAUCAUUGAAUAGAACUUAGAAAAUCACCUGUUAAUGCUUUUUCAUGUGACGCUCUGUUUUCUUUUAAACUCAUAUUAAAGAUUUAGCAAAUCCCGAUCAUUCCAUGCCCAGCCUCUGUGCUGACUGUCCGCUGCUGCGCUUUCAAAAGGACACCGCUUAUAACUAUGAUUUCAUUUUAUUUUUUACACCUCACAAAUGCCUAUUUGUUAAAUAUAAAAUUAUAUAAAUAUUAAAAUUCCGGGUACAAGUUCUGCCAAAAUCCUUACAAAUGAGCGGUUAUUCAACUUUUUUGUUUGACUGUUUAAUAAAUAAAUCUUCUCUCCUCUGUGGCUAGUGAUGGAUAUAGGUAUUAAAAAAAAAAAAAAAAUAUGCUUGUGUGAGAGAAAAAUCUUAGUGCAACAUGUGUUGUGCACCUCCGAGUCCCUUUGUUAUGCAGGUGUUAGAUCAGGGAUGCCCAAAAGGUAGAUCCUCAGAUGUUGUAGAACUAGAACUCCCAUAAUGCUCUGCAUGUUUUUAGAAUGACAAAGCAUCAUGGAAGCUGCAGUUUGAAAACAUCUGGGGAUCUACUUAUUGGGCACCCCUGUGUUAGAGGAUCACAUCCAAAUAACGAACAUGUUGUUCAGUGUGACCGCUGACCUGUGUGGGAAAAUUCUUUGGGUUGCCCUAUUCUUGAUAAAGUGAAGAGGCAAUUAGGUGCAAGACUAGUUGGUCCAUAGGUGAUAAAAUGGACAGAGAAGUCACAGAUGGGCUUCUUUUGUACAAUAUGAUUCACCUAAGCACCAUACACAAGGAAUCAGCUGAUGUCUUUAGUCGGGGCGCUCUUUGAAAUGACAUGACCAUAUAAUCUGUACCUGCUUAUUCCCAAUAUAUGCUCCAAUAGCUGACAUGGAUAAUUUUGGAUAUACAUUUUGCAGUAUAGUUGUCAGGCAGCACACACCACAGUUUAGAGAAUAAGCCCCUAUGAAUGCAAUGAUUUUGUUGAUUUCAUUCACCCAUUGACUCAAACCCCAGAACUGACCUGACAUUUUCUAUUCUUUUCUAGUAUCUGAAGCAAGAAAAAAGAAGCAAAAGAUUUGUUAAAGGUAACAAUGACAGUGAUUUCGGCUUGUUAACUUUAAUGUAUUUUGGAGGGGGAAAGCUAGUUCUUUCAAUUGGACCUCUACCUUAAUUAAGCAGGAGGCUGUGAAAAGAGAACAUGGAAUUUUGAGCUACCUACGUCACAUGUGGUUAUAACUAGCCCCUGGCACACAAGCAGAAAUACUGCACAUAUAGAUUCCCACCAACAUGACCACUUCUAAUCACACAAGAAUAGAGGCAGCUGGAAAAAUUAUAAAGCUCACAGGGGUGACAUCGCAUUAAAUGACGGAUCUCUUUGGAAUCCAAUGGGUGAUACUUUUUGAGCCUCUUCCCUGUAGAAUUGUUAGGAAAUCGCUUGCCCUGGUGGAGCGAAGGACUCACAGGGUUGUUCACUAAAAUGAGAAUUCAAAGUGAAUUUCAAAUUUAAGGUCAAUAUAGCUGAAUUGGAAAACAUUUUCCAAGCCAGCAAUGCUUCUGGUUCAGCUAUUUUGCCCUUAAAUGUGAAACUUGGAAUACUCACUUGUAUUGUGUACCACAGUAAGAUAAAGGCUUGUUAGGUUUCUUUGAGAAUUGUUACAUUAGUGCUAAAGCAUGUAGCAGUUGGAAACACUGUCCGGCUUAUUCACCAAAUUAGAAAUUCACUGGCAGGGUUAUUUACUAAAACCAAAACUGCUAGGAGUUCACAAAUUACACCUAAAUAGCAAACUUCUUAAAGUCAAUUCUGCCUCCUGCUGUUUGGCUUUAAAUUUAGAAUUCACUUUGAAUUAUUGGCAAUUCUCACUUCAACUAAUCACCCUGUAGCAAAGUUCUAUUUCUAGGCUAAAAUUGCUGAAAUUGAACAUUUCCUGCCUCCUCACAGUUUGGUGAAUAACAGUGUAUGUAAAAAAAAAAAUAGAUUUAUUAAAUAAUAUACAUGUCCACGAAGAGGGCCACAAUGUCCGUGUUUACAGAUGGUAAAAUACACUCCAUUUUCCUAAGCUGCUAAUCGUUAAGGUUGCUGGUGCUGAAAACGUUUUAACAGACAGAAUGCUCCCUGAUAUGUAACACUUAGAAUGUUAAAAAAAAAAAAAUGGACCUCACAGGCUUCCUUUAUACGUCAUGCAUGGGUCUAUAUACUGUACCUUAAACACCAAAUUGUAACUUGUCUUUCCCUCCCCACCCCCCAAUCCCAAAAUCAGCACUUUUUAGUUACAUUUUGUGAUUUGGAUUUUAGUUCCAUACAGUUUGGUGUUUAGUGUAUUAACCCCUUGGUCUCUGGUAAGGAGCUUUGACAGUAUUUUAGUGAAGUGCUUUUAAUAUGACUUUAAGCAGCAGCAGCAGCAUACCAUAGUAUGACUUCCUUUAAUUACUUUUAGUUUGUAUGUGUCUUGUUCAUUGUAUCCUUGCAGAUAACUAGUAUCAGUGGUGAUUGUGAGGUUUUCUCUUGCCCUGUUUAACUAUGUAAACUUUACCUACCGUGCUUUGCCCUGUCUCAAGGUGUUGUGCCUGCAGACAUUGGGCUUGAAAAGCUCUGUUGUGGCUUCCUGCUGUGACAAUCAAUUCUCUUGUGUUUCAGGUCACUGCUACUUCCUGCAUAAGCUCUGCACAUGUUGAGAAAGGUUUUCAUUGAGCUAAACCCGUAUGCGCAUUACAGGGGCUGCAAGGAACUGCUCGGGAAUGUGUGAUUUACCAGCAGUUUAGAUGGAGUUAUAUCCUGCUUCGAAGACAAGUGCACAGCAUCCAUCACGGCCCUUCGCUGGCUUAACCUUGCCCAGAGAAGUGGCAGACAGAAGUAUUUAGUAUCAGAUCCCUUUGUCAGCAGUGGAGGGCAGCCACGGGCUUGUUGUACAAAACUUAUGGAAAAGAAAUUUGGAGACAACUGGGAACUUCUGUUGAUUCCAGCACUUUAACACAAAAUUCAAUAUUUAUUUCCGCUGGCUAGAUUUUCAAAAGGCAAAAUUUAUGUCUCUUGUUUUGUUGGGGAAUGAGUGAUUCUUGGGGCCAAUUUUAGCUGCACAUUGCAAAACAUUUCAUGUCCAAUAAUCCACUGCUGUGAGUCCAGCACCUUAAAAUUACAUAAUAAAUUCACAUUACUAAACAAUUAAUUAUCCGUGAUUUCAGCCAGGCUAAGUAGGGAGACAUGCUGAGCAAUUAAAUAGGAACUUUCUGUCUCGAUUAUUUUUAGUGUAUGUAUCCCAGUGCACAUUGUCCAUGUGUAUAUUUAUCAUACCAAGCACAAGUUAUUGUAAAUUCAGACUGGCUUUUAACUGCAAAGGUUUGUUUUCGCAAUGUUAGGGUAUUUUUUUUUUUUUUUCUUAGUUCAUUUAUUUUUUUUUAAUCUGUUUGCAUAUUUACGAUAUAUAAAAUAAUUGAAAAUUGUCGGUUAUUUUGAGGACUGUUAGAGGAUACUUAGAGUGUUUUAAAAGUUAUUAAAUCCUCCCAUUAUUUUGAUCAUGUUUAUUAAAUUGAUCUAAAAAGUGCCAGUUUUCUUUAUGGUAAAUUGUGCCGGUUUCAAUAGAAACUCCCAUUUCAGAACGCUGCAAAAUCUUGGGGAAAAUAAGUGAAAUGGAAUCUUUUUUUUUUUUUUUUUUGUCUAAAAUUUGGUGGGAAAAUUGAUAAAUCUGUUUUGUUGCCGAAAAAAUAGUGUACGUUCAAAAAUGACUGUUAGGGUGCAAAUGAAGCAACAGAUGAGAACAUCUGACAGUUAAUACUUAUGCAAAAAUUUUUGAAAAUUAGCCUUUAACGUGUCAGAUACAUUUUGAAAAGCUCUUCCCCAUUGUGCUUCUUAAAUGUUCAUGCUUUCUUUAUGGUGAUUUAUGUAUUCCUAUGAUUUCUGUAGUUCCUGCAAGUUUUGUUCCAUUGGGAAGCUUAGGCCACGUUGGUUUUAAAAGGGAAUUGUUACUUUAAAGGAUUGGUAAUGUUAUUAUAUACAGUGGGACCUCGGUUUACGAAUUUAAUGCGUUCUCCGGGACGUUUCUUAUUGCGAACAAUUUGUAAACCAAGACGCGGUUUCCCAUAGGAAUGCAUUGAAAACCAAUUAAUCCGUUCUGGAGGUCGGAAAAAGUCAAAAUGAGCUGGCAUGGAAACCAACCCACAAUGCAGAACACACAAUAAAAUGCAUGCAAACGAUGAAGCUCAGCUCCCUACCUUUCCACAGCUUGAGAAAUGCACCAAAAAGUCCCAAAACAACUGCAAACAAUUUCCAGAAUGGCUCCAAACGUCACUCCAACACCUCCACACUCGACGCCACAUUCUAUCCACAGGCUCCAGCAUGCAGGGGGCGGUGCUAUAAACCUCCCAGGUGCAAUGCAUCCUGGGGAAACUUGCUUUGUAUUGCGAAAAAAAUUUGUAAACCGAGGCAUUAUUUUCAAUGGAUUUUCAUUUGUAAACCGAAAAUUAUGUUUACCGAGGCGUUUGUAAACCGAGGUCUCACUGUAUUUAUGAAAAAUAAAAUUUGAUGUAGAAAUGUACACUUUAUCCUGAAACUGGCUCCAUCGUAGCCAUGCCAGAUCUGAUUGUAAAGUAAUUAAUUUGAAUAUUUAAAGGAAAAUAGGGCAUCACAUGAGAAAAAAAAGUUAGUGCAAAAUUAAUGUUUUACUAAAUGCUGUAAUUCCUGGUAUGUGGUUUGUAAAAUAAAAAAAGUAGCUAGAUAUUUAGGUCAGUAUUUCUGAUUCUAAGUUUUCACUGGGACCAAAUAUCACCUUUUGUAAAAUAAAUGCUAUCCUUAUUUCUUUAUAUUACUUUAUAAUGUUUUACCGAACCAAGUACCAUAUAUUUAUUACUGUCCUCAAAUGUACUUUUAUAUACUAUAUCCAAAAUAUUUUAUUCAUCAAAGACUUGUCCUGUGAUUUUACUUUUUUUCCUAAUUAAAUUCUUUCUCCUCGUUUGGUAAUAUGUUAUUGUUUUAAAUGAUUAAUGUUAAUAUUACUGAAUUUUUUUUUAAACCUUAAUUCCAUCGCAGAUGGUCUGGAGUCCCAUGCCAUUGUACUUCAAUUCAGUAUUAAACAGUUUAUACUGUUUUCGUGCUAAACAGUCUCUGGGAGCUCAUCCCUUCUGUGCUUCUUGGGCGAAUGAGGUGGCAUUAGCCUGGGCAGCUGUGAUUGGCUGAUAGUGCCAACCUAUUAUAGUGCCCAUUGCAGGAAUGUACCAGUAUGACUUGAACAAAGUUUGUAAUCUCUGCCUUAGUAAUACCUAAAGUAGAGGCGGGCUGUGAGUGGCUAGGAACCCUUAUUCAGUGUUUAAACUUCUCAAAAAUGGUUUAACACUGAAUGGAGGGUCUACGCCAGGGGACUCUGAACACUAUAACCAAUUCAUUAAGAUGAAAUGGUGAUAGUGCCUACAGUGUCCCUUUAAGUUUAAUAUUUUCUUUUUAGUAAUUUUGUAUUGCUUGUAUUAUGUUUAUCUUGUGAUACAACUUUUCAUUUCCUGUGGUAAACCUAGAAUUUAAAAUAUGUGUAAGGAAUUAGGGCAAAACAUGUCAGAGAUCACUUGUAUUAUGUGAAAUAAACCCUACUUGAUUGAUGUGGUGAGAAAAAAGCAAUUCCACACAGCUCCUCGCUAAAUUCUAAAAUGAAAUCCAAAUGCCAAUUUAGUCUGUUCUAUCGGAUCUGGGAAUAUUCUUGGCUGAAUUCAUGACUUCGUUCUUUUAGCAUGCAUUUUUUUCAGUUCAGUUUUAAACUAUUCCAAUUUGUAGUUUACUGAAUAAACCCUUUACUGUU